AUGGAUCGCUUCCGCUGGCAGAUUCGAAUGCUGAUCCGGUCUGGCCAAAGCAUUCCCACGAAGCAUGGGAGUGCGCUGUUCAAGAAACUUGAGCAGCAAUUCCAGCAAUACCGCACCUCCGACGAUAGAUUGAAGGCAAUAUUCGCUGAUGCUAACCGCAGCGACCACUUCCAAGAGGGGGCCUUCGGCGUCUCCAUUGACGGCAUUCAGCCCGUCGGAAUCGACGAGAUCGACGCCGUCCGCUACCAUGCCCUCGUGAAGAGCAUGAGACAUACCGCCAUGUGGAUCAACUGCUGGAAGAGAAUUUUCAGCCCGACCGUCAUCAGCCUGCUCCGUCUGUCGCAGGAUCUUCGUGCCAGCGAAGGAGGUCCGGCGUGGGAGUCGCUCAUUGAUCGAUUCGACGACUUCGCCCCCAUUGGCGGAAGCUACAAGUCGCGAGUCAAGUUGCGAGUCACAAUGCGCCAAAAGGAUGCGUAUAAGUUGGCCAAGAAGUUCAAGACACCGAAUACUCUUCGCGUCCUCUCGCGAGCAAUGCCCAACGGCUCGGCGACCGACACGCGUUUCGAUAACACGAGCAUAAUGACAAUCACGACGGCUGGACAGCUCACCACUCCAAGUGCUGCUGCAUCUUAG